AUGGUGGUGUUACCCAAACAGAUUUAUUGAUUGAUUAGCAUUGUCUCAUGGAGCUAGGACACAGUUUAGUCCCGGCAAAAUGAUUUCUCCCUCCUUAUUGUCACCCUGCCCAACGCCCUCUCCAGUUGUUCCAGGUCUCUCGUUCCCUCCUCGAAUCCCCUGUCCGCUGGCCUCCCCCAUAUCUCACUCGUAAUGACCUGGCUACCUACUAUAUUGAGAAAAUUGAAACCGUGAGGCGCGAUCUCCCGCUGUGGGGAAAUCCACCUUCGUGAAACUGCUCACCGAAACCUUCCCGGACUGGCACGUGGCAGCGGAGCCCGUGGAAACCUGGCAGAAGGUCCAGGCCGAGGGCACCCGAGAGCAGCGGCCGGUGGUGAACCUGCUGGAUCUGAUGUACCGGGAGCCGACCCGCUGGUCCUUCACUUUCCAAACCUUCUCCUGCCUGAGCCGUUUCAAAUCCCAGCUGGCCCCCUUCCCGGAGGGGCUGGCCCGGACCCCCGGGGCCGUGCAGAUCUUCGAGAGGUCCGUGUACAGCGACAGGUACGUGUUCGCCAAGACGCUGUUUGAGAGCGGUUCCCUGAACGCGCUGGAGUGGGCCGUCUACCAGGACUGGCAUUCCUUCUUCCUGCGCCAGCUGACCCCCCGCGCCCGCCUGCACGCCUUCCUCUACCUCCGCGCCGCCCCCCAGGUCUGUUUGGAGCGGCUUCGGCGGCGGGCGCGGCCGGAGGAGAAAGACGUCGGGCUGGAUUAUCUGGAGAAACUUCACGCUCAGCACGAGGACUGGUUCGUGCACAAGACCACGGAACUCCACUUUGCGGAUCUGAAGAAGGCCCCGGUGCUGCUGCUUGACGUCGACAGAGAUUUUGCCGAUGACCCAGCGGAACAGAAGGCGCUUGUGAACAAGGUGAAGACCUUUGUGCAGAAUCUGUGAAAUCGGGGUUUUCGAAGUGAAAUCCGUCCGCCAUCGGUCGGUGGGGCGGUCGUCCCCCUCCUCCUGCUGCUGCUGCCUGUCUGUCUGUCUGUCUGUCUGGUCGGCCAAGCCGGGGGCGUGAAGGAAGAGCGGCCGGUUCUCCAUCCCGAGCGGUCAGGAGAGGCCUCGGGGAGCGGCUCGUAUCCUGCUGCUCAUCUGCUGUUUCUCUUCGGCUGGUUUGGGCUCAGAUGGAUUUUUUGUUGUUGUUUUUUUUUAGAAAGUGAAAGAGCUGGCUCCCUCCAGUGACUGUACAGUCACGGCCAAACACACCGUGUUAGACACACACACCCGGAGACACGUACCCAGCGACACACACACACCCAGAGACAUACACACUCACAGACACAACACACACAUACAAAAACACACACAGCCACAUACACCCCCCCCCCAGAGACAAGCGCACACACCCUCAGGGACGAAAGGACCCAGACCCAGAGA